AUUGAUAAUGAAGUACACUUCGUUCCGAUAACUUGAAAUGUUCUAAUGAUAAUAAUGUCCACUAAAAUAAUAUUUCUGUUUAUUUGGUUUAUUUCAAAGGGAACUUGUGACCUUUCUCAACUGUUAAAUUUGGAAUUUGCAAAUUCUGGUAUAUCGAAAGCAGGAGAUGUUUAUCAAUGGAAACAAUUACCAUGCUCGUAUCUUGAAUCACAGAAUGUAACAACUAUUCAACAGAAUUGGGCCAACUAUAAAAAGUUCAAUUAUUUAUUUCAAGAAAAAAAUGGUGAAUUGAUUCCUCCACCAAGUGGGAUAAGAAGUUCAGUGCCUUUAGGAGGAAUUUCAACUGGUGUCAUAGAAUUAAGAGCUGAUGGAACUUUUCACGAGUGGACAAUUGUAAAUCAGAGUCCGGCUGGAGCGGGAAAAUUUCAAGUCUUUGAUGAUGCUUUUUUCGCCAUCAGAGAAACAAUCAGCAAUAACAUAAAACUGAAAUCGAUUAACGGUGUUAAUGAAAUGAAAAGACCUAGUAGUAGAGCUUUUUCCAUCCGAACAGGCCCUCCAGAAGGUAUUCCAGGAGUUCAAGCAAUUGAAUACGGUGGUGAAUUUCCAGUAAGUCGUUUGAAAAUUCAAGACACACGCUUAAGUGUUAAUACAGAAUUAUUGGCCUAUUCUUCUUAUUUUGUGAAUGAUAUGGAGUCUUCAGCAAAACCAGCUAUUAGUUUUACAUUUAACUUAGAAAAUCCAACAAGCAAUAGUAUUUCUAUUGACUUACUCCUGAACAUGCCAAUUGACAUUGAAAAAGGUUAUGAAAGAACCAGCUCCCAAAAUGGUCAAGGAGGCCCUCCUGUUACAGCUAAACCAGUUAGAAUAAUAACUAAUUUAUCAGAUGAUGUUAGCUGCUCUGAUGAAUGUCAAAGAAGCAAUGAUUGCUCAACAUGGACCUUUUAUAAAAGUACAAAACAGUGUAAGAUCUAUAACACGGUAAAUUUAAAUACAUUCAACGAGGAUGCCAGUUCUGGUUUAAAAGGUUCUUGGCAAAUCGAUUCUGUUGACCAAAAUAUGGACUGCGUAAGUUUGGUUAGGCCUGGAAAUAUGGGACCAAAUGGAAAUUUUUCCUUAUGUGGAGUAAAAGAUACAGGAGUACAAUUUUCUUAUGGAAGUUUCAGACAUCUACAACAUCUCUGGGAAAUGUUCGAGAGAGACGGUAGCUUUUCUAGAUCAGAUAUCCAACACUCACAUGGAGCUAUCAUGAUGAAUACUCUAUUAAAACCUGGUGAGAAGAAGCUGGUAACUUUUAUUAUAUCUUGGUAUUACCCCCAUCGAGAUUUUGUAAAUAAAAUUUAUGGAAACUAUUAUCAGAAUCUCUUCAGUGAUUCACUUCAUGUAGCUAAGGAAAUGAGAGAUAGUUUACCUUCUUUAGCUGCUAGUAUUUCCGGUAUUCACAAAACAUUCUUAGAUUCAACUUUACCUAGCUGGUUAUCAGACUUGUUUGUCAAUAGUCUGAGUCAUAUCCGUACUGCCAUUUGGUUUAAAGAUGGCAGAUGGAGACAAUGGGAAGCAACUGAUUGCGUUAAUAUUGACUCUGUGCAUAAUGACGGAGAGAGACAUAUUCCUUAUAUUACGAUGUAUCCUGAAUCUACAAAAAAUAAGAUACGAGCGUGGGCAAAAUCUCAACAAGCCAAUGGAAUGAUCCCUGAGCAACUUCGCUGCAAUGCUGGAGGUCCAACUUCUGAGAUCGAUACACCUUGUGGCAGAAAAAUGUCUGAUGUUUCUUCUAUGCUCAUGGUUUACAUUCUGGAAAUGUAUCAAUGGGGUGGUGACGUCGACUUGUUAAAAGAAAUGUACCCAGUGAUCAUAAAGGCUGCCGACUGGCAUAUUAAUACGACAGGCUCCUAUGGCAUACCCAUUAACCUACAAAACACAUACGAUAUUCUUGCUUUGAAUGCUUACACAUUUUCAGCUUAUAAUUCCGCUUUUCAUCUUCUAGCUAUGAAAGUUGCUGAACAUUUAGCUAGAGCAAUGUCUGAUACACCUAGAGCGUUAAAGUAUAAACAAGCUUAUGAAAAGGGUGUUGUAGGAAUGGAUAAGUACUUGUGGAAUUCUACAAUGAAUUAUUACAACUCAUAUGGGUCCAUAUCUUCUUCUGGUGAAUUGCACACAGUCGGUGCUCUUAUGACAGAUACUUUUUACGCUCAAGUUUUAGCUUUCUCUUUAGGACUCGGCCCUCUCGUUGAUGAGAAAAAGUUGAAUACUCAUAUGGAUGCGGAGUUAAGAUAUAAUGACUCUCCGUAUGGGAUGCUUGUACAAACACGAAGAUACAAAUAUCCGGGCCCUCCUCAAGAUAACGCUGUUUGGAUGAUGGGUAACCCAAAUUGGGCAACUAUUAAGAUUCAUCUUAAAGCCAAUCCGCAGGAGGCGCUACUUGUCGCAAAAAAAUCACUUGACAGAUGGCGUUCAGUACUCAACGAUCAAUGGAACGUGGCAGGGAUCAUGGGUGGCUUGGGAUAUGGAGCUGAAGGCCAACCUUAUAUUACUUCGCAUUAUGGUUAUUUCAUGUCAUCGUGGCAUCUCAUAUUUGCAUUAUCUAGACAACAGACAGACCUAACCCCAUCUAAAUCUUUUCUGCGUUUUGAUCCGUCUGUCAAUUCACCGUACACACUUCCGUUUCUACUACCGGGUAGCAUUGGAACAGUAAGCCGCGACGGAUCUAGAAUUACUCUAACUCUACUUUCUGGAAAAAACUUGGAUGUUGCAGAAGUUGAAGUUUCCGGUAGUCGAUUCCCAUUUAGGGUCUCUUUAAAAGCGGGAGGCUCAAUCUUUUGGAAAGUCUGAGAUUUCUAAAGGAGAAUAAAAAUAUUUACAACUCUGUUUUACUUAAUAGAAAUCCAGCAAAUAUAAAUCUUAACUAAAUAGCUUAUUGAAUAAAUAUACAUUUUUUUUAAAUAUAUAAUCACCAUCAAGCGUUUCUAGAAAUAAAAAACUCUUAUAGAGAGCGCCACACGC